GUUAGUCUACAUUCAGUCCUCGGCCUAACAAAACAUAAUCUUGGCUUAUUUCGGCAUUAAAAAACAAAAUUUGGUUAAAAAGUUCAGAAUGUUGCGAGCGUUGCGUCAGAAGUGUCGUUCACUCGUGGAUCGUGGCAUGCCGUGCCUGGAGUCUUUGAUGAAUGUUUGUUUCCAGUUCAAGGGCGAUUGGUCCAAGGGUCUGCCGCGGUUGAGCGCGCCCGAGAGCGGCUCCAGUGUGCUCCGCCAGCACCUGGUGCGCCGCAACUAUAGCAGCAAGGCGGCCGAAGACGACUGCGGGGCGCCCAAGGAGUGCUUCACCGAGAAGGUCUCGGCCUCCAAGGGCUGUGGUCCUCCCCACUUCAAAGGCACCAUCUGCGACGCGGUGAAGGGCAGGCCCAAGAAGAAUGCCGAGCCCAAAGAGAAGGCCAACAAGCCGAAGAAGCCGUCCGCGCUCAGGUCCAUGUGGUACAUUCCCGGCUGCGAAUACGAACCGAAGUGCGAAGUGCCGGUGCGCCUCGACAUCCAGCACUACCGAAUCUCGGACAAGGAGGCCCGCCAGUACCAGGUGACCUGGAACGAGUGCCCCCGCCUGGUCAUAAAGCCCAAGAAGGUGUGCAUCCACACGAAGCGCCCGCGCCCUAAGCCCUGCCGCCGCGUCCGAAAGGCGGUCGCGGCCACCGCCCGGCCCUCGAUGCCCAUGCUGAACCCCAUGGAGUGCAAGAAGCCGGAGGAAGAGUCCACCUGCCCGCAUUGGACCCUGCCCUGCUGCAAGCCGAGCCGCAUCCCGCCCAGCUGCCACCGAGUGCGCCGCCUAUCCGACUGCAAGAAGCGCCCGGCGCCAUAUCCCAGCUUCUCGGAGUGCAAGAAGGAGGAGCUCACGAAGGCACCUCCAACCGAAUGCCUGUGCCUGCAGGUGCCCAUGGCCUGCGAGAUGUGGGCGGAGCUGCGGAGGAGGAUCGCCCGGGGCAAGGGGGCGGUCCUGAAGUGCGGCGAGUUGUAGGCGGCGACGGAAGAUCCGUCAAACGACAAGUGACCAAAUUUCUGAUUACAAUGAUUUUAAUUUACAUUUCUCAAAAAUAUUCUAACGAUACCAUCUCAACCCUCUCUCGAUCCCCACCUCCGAAAUUCAAAAAUGCUGCCGGAAAGCUGCGGGAAAUUCCUGGGCAGAAACCUAAAGCCACUUGCCGCCCGAUUGGCCAGCAGUCUCGGCUCCAAGGGCGGCACCUCUGACUCCAAGUGCAAAUCAUCCAGACCGGAGCCCAGUUGCAAGCGCUCCGCGAAAAAAAAAAGCUGCUCCAAGGUGCCGACACCCUUUCCCAGUUACUCGGAGUGCAAGCGGAAACCGACUGAUCCUAAGCCCUCCAAGGAGUGCGAUUGCUGGGACUUCGACAAGUGCUGACCCUUGAACCAUCGACCGAAGGAGCUCCGAGGAUGUUUUGGAAGUACGCCCCGUCCACACUUCCACACUUUCGUACCCCAGACUGAAGACUCUACACGUUGUGGACUGUGUCCGUUGGUGGCGCUGGAAGGCUGGGUGUUUAUUCCAUUGCAAACCCAUCGCGUUUAUCUGGGCACCUAUUUCGAAGCUUAAUCCAAGUCCGACUUUUAUCCGACGUGAAGUAACACAAAAAAAUAAUAAAAUAAUGCAAUAUGUUUUAAA